AUGGAUUUAGGUCAUGUUAUGCUCUCAGAGUUAGUUCCGAAAUUGUUCGAUAGCUACAGCAUUGGGUCCUCGCUUUACGUUGGCAAGGAUCACCCUGACCCUGAUGUAGUAUAUGGCUUAUAUCAAUGUCGGAGGGACGUUAGCCUACAAGUUUGCAGUGAAUGCAUUCAAGCUGCAAUUGUAGAGAUAACUAUGAAGUGUUAUCAUCGUAAAGAAGCUAUUAUAUGGUAUAGGGAAUGUAUGUUACGUUUUGCAAACCGUAACAUUCUUUCUUUGAAUGAGACAUUUCCAUUUGCUUAUACGUAUAAAAACCGAAACCAUUCCGAGUCAGCUACAAACUAUAGAGAGUUUCAUCAAGCACUGACUCUUGUACAGUGCACUCUUGACAUAGAUGAAGUUGCCUGUGAUUCGUGCCUACGAAAAGCUUAUGCAGAAUCUAAAGCAUGGUCUAAUGACAGUAUUGGUACAGCCGUGUUCAUGCCAAGCUGUUUAUUGAUAUACAAUAUCGAUCGAUUUUAUAAUGAUAUCUUGCCAAGUUCACCUCAGAACAAACUCAGAGGCAAUAUUGGUGCAAUAUUAUCUGCGAGCUUGGCAAUCGGAGUGAUAAUAAUUCUCUCCGCUACGUGCUUCUGUAUGCGACGGAGGAAGGCGAAGAAAAGGUCUGAGGGCAUAUCAAAAGAUGAUAUGGAAAACAUGGGGAAUGCGGAGUCAUUGCAAUAUGACUUCAACACAAUAAAAGGCGCAACUGACAACUUCUCCGAGGAUAACAAACUUGGAAGGGGAGGAUUUGGUGAGGUGUACAAGGGAAAGCUUGCUGAUGGGCAAGAAAUAGCGGUAAAGAGGCUCUCAAAAUACUCAGAACAAGGCUCCUUGGAGUUCAAAAAUGAAGUUGUUUUAGUUGCAAAGCUUCAGCAUCGAAACUUGGUUAAAUUGUUGGGAUUUUGCAUAUCAGCAAAGGAAAAGAUACUUGUCUAUGAAUUUUUACCUAAUUCAAGUCUUGAUCGCUUCUUAUAUGACCCAUUGAAGCGUGCAUCUUUGGAUUGGGAAACAAGGUUUAAAAUUAUUAAUGGAAUAGCAAGGGGGCUCCUAUAUCUUCAUGAAGACUCCCGACUCAAAAUUAUACAUAGGGAUCUUAAAUCCAGCAAUGUAUUACUCGACCAAGCAAUGAAUGCGAAAAUAUCCGACUUUGGUCUUGCUAAGCUUUUCGUAUUGGAUGAAACACAAGGAGAUACCAAGAGAAUUGUAGGAACAUAUGGAUACAUGGCUCCAGAGUAUGCAAUAGCCGGCCAAUUUUCAGUAAAAUCGGAUGUUUAUAGUUUCGGAGUCAUAGUCUUGGAGAUGGUCAGUGGCCAAAGGAAUAGUUUCUUUGAUCGACAACUACAUGAAGAGGGAUUACUACAUCGUGCAUGGAGAUUUUGGAGUGAUGGAGCUAUGUUAGAGCUGGUAGACCAUGCACUCAAGAGCGUCUUUUCGAUUGAAGAGGUGAAAAUGUGCAUCCACAUAGGUCUACUCUGCAUCCAAGAAGAUGCAACUAAAAGGCCUCGAAUGACUUCGGUUAUUGCUGCAUUGAACGGACAAUCUGUUACACUGCCUUUGCCAAGCGCACCCCACGUGUUCACCAUUAGUACUGUCGAUACUGAUGCAACAGAUAGUAGCUAUGAUGCACCGCCCGUGAAGGAAGAUCAACAAAUUCAAUAUCAUGGUAACAAAUACACAGGAACUCUCAAUGUUACAGAACUCGAUCCGAGAUAA